UUAUUUUCGUCUGGUUUUGUAGAUGGUAGAGUACAUCGAUUGAGUUUACUGCACAGUUAGCGGUAGCAAAAAUAAACAUUAGAUUUACACUGCCUGUUAUGAUCUCUGACAGUUAUGUUUAACAGUCAGGGGAUUCAACCUGUAACCGUUGUUUUUAACAACGCAAAAAACUGCUUUCUUCACCUUCCAUUGAAGUUGAUAAAGCAUCUUUCCCUGAAUGAGAACCAGGCAGUGGAGCUUUCCUGGGACCGCGGGUGUCCAGUUUUCCUCAGCUGGACUCACAAUGGAACAAUGUCAAGUGCUGAUGGACAUAAAGUAGAGCUCUCUCGACAUCUUGGAAAUACUCUGGGGGUGAAAGAUGGCGAGCAGGGCUUCUUGAGGCCAUGUAGCCAAGUCUCUUCAAUUCAUCAAGUGUUUGUGGAGCCUCUGUCUGCUGAUGACUGGGAGAUCUUGGAGCUCCACAGUACAGAACUGGAGUUGCAGCUCUUGGAUCAGAUCAGAGUGGUGUUCCAGGAUGCUGUGUUUCCUGUGUGGGUGGACCACAACACAUCCAUCUACAUCAGAAUAAUAUCACUCUUGCCGCCUGUGUCCUAUGGUCGACUGGAGCCAUCCACAGAACUGUUAGUUUCACCUAAGAGCCACACUGGAAUUGGCGGCCUUAGCUGUUCUCCACUGACAGCUAGUCAGGACCAGUAUCUUCACAGUCAGUCAGCUCUCUCCACUUCCCUGACACCGUCAUUAAAAAAGAGCUCCUCUAUCACUCUAAGCCACAAGUUGGGAGGCAUAGCAGAUCUGAAGAGCCUGCUGGGCUCCAUCCUGAGGAGGACCCAUGAGCCAGUUCCAGAGCAGCCUCCUGUACCUGAUAUCCCUGCGCUUUUCACCGACGCUGUGUACAGAGUGUGUGGCACACCUUGCGACUCACUUUGCACCAUAAGCCAUGUUGCAAAUGGAGUUAUUCAUUUAUUUCCAUGGAGUCACACAUCGGCUGUUGGACCUCCGAGAAGUCAGCCUUCAGUGACUUACGGCUUAAUCUCCAAAGUUCCUUCUCCGAAAGAAUCAAAGGACAGAGUGAAGCAGGCCGUGGAGAAAAAGAGUGCUGCUGCCACUCAGGUUGCUGAAGGAGGGGAAAUCAAGGAAGAGGAGACCACGGUGGUUAAGGUAGUGUGCCAUGACGCUGAGAAACUUGUAGACACGUGGCAGAGACCUAGAAAGGGAACGAUCCACAGUGGAAGAAUAUGGAUCCCACAGCUCCUAGCAAACAGGUUGCACAUCAUCCCACAUUCAGCAGUAAGGUUAAAGCCCGUCAGUUCAGCUGUUAAAUUAGCUUCCAUAAUUCACUUACAACCUCUAAAACCACUGCCUGACGAGGACGAUGGUGAAGACAUCCACACAGCUUUCCUCAGCUGGCUGCAUGCUCAGAGUCACGAACCUUUAGCCUGUUUGACCGCACGAUCUGGCGUCAUCCUCCUACAUGAGACCGAUGUAAAGUUAGAGUUUGCUCUAACCAUCCUGAAACCAGAGCCAGAGAAUGAUCCUCCUGACCAGCUGUUUCUACUUGCACCAUCUGUUAUCAAGAAGGAACACAUACAUGUUGACAGAGAGGCUUUAAAUACACCAGAUGUUAAACCUGCUGCUGAAGUAUCUGAUCCAGAGCUUCCCUGUAUCAGCAUUCUUGGAGGAAUUGAACAACUUGGUAUGAGUGGAUAUGAGUUCAUCUCCCACAGCCUUCUGGGUAGUCCCCUCUCACAAGAACUGGGUUCCACUGGUCAGGGACUCCAAGGUGGAGCUUUACUCAUCACCGGUGCUAAGGGCAGCGGAAAGAGCACUUUAGCUCAAGCUCUCUGCAGGAAAGCGAGAGAAUCUCUGGAUGCUCAUGUGGAUGUGGUGGACUGUAAAAUGCUACAAGGCAAAAGAGCUGAAACUGUGAGACACAUGCUGCAGGAUAUUUUUGAGCAGGCGGAGUGGAAGCAGCCCUCGGUUGUUUUAUUUGAUGACCUUGAUCAAAUAUCAGGGGCUCCGACUUCACCAGAGCACGAGCGCGGCCCCGAGGCUGUGCUGCAGCAGCACAUUGCACAGAGUCUGACAGAUGUGGUGGAUGAGACGGUUCUUCACUCCAGCCUGGUGUGUUUAGUUAUCACCAGUCAGAGUGAGCACUCACUCCAUCCCUCUCUGACCAAGGUCCAGGGGUUGCACUUCUUUCAGCAAUUUGUACACAUCCAGCCUCCUGACAAGAUCCAACGAGCAGAGGUCCUACGAUGUCUGAUCCAGAGGAAGUCCAUCCUGUCUGAGGAGACCUUACAGACAUUAGACCUCGGAGCUGUUGCUAAAGAGACGGAGGGUUACACACCGCAAGACCUAGCACUGCUGCUGGAGCGGGCCAUCCAUGCCAACAUUGUAAAAAGAGGACACAGUGAUCACGGUUUGUGUCUGUCGUGGGCGGACUUUGUUCAGGCUCUAAAGGGAUUCAUACCUCCAUCGCUGUGGGGCGUUGAACUCCAUACUCCGAGCGGGGUGGGACUGGAGGGAGUGGGAGGCCUGAAAGAGGUGCGACAGCAGCUGAUGGACACCAUAAUACUCCCUGCUAAGUAUCCUGUCCUGUUCUCCAAACUUCCUAUUCGUCAUCGCUCGGGAAUAUUGCUGUAUGGUGCUCCUGGCACCGGGAAGACUCUGCUGGCCAGAGCUAUAGCCAGAGAGAGUGGCAUGAACUUCAUCAGCAUCAAGGGACCCGAACUUCUGAGUAAAUACAUCGGAGCCAGUGAGCAGAGAGUCCGCGAUGUCUUCCAGAGAGCACAGGCUGCAAAACCGUGCAUCCUGUUCUUUGAUGAGUUUGACUCUCUGGCCCCCAGGAGGGGCCACGACAGCACGGGGGUGACUGACCGUGUGGUCAACCAGCUUCUCACUCAGCUGGACGGUGUGGAAGGAUUGCAGGGUGUGUACAUGCUUGCAGCCACCAGUCGUCCAGAUCUGAUUGACCCGGCGCUGCUGAGACCUGGAAGACUGGACAAGUCCCUUUACUGCCCUCCUCCUGACCUUGAGGCUCGUGUGGAAAUCUUGAAGGCUUUGAGCACCGGUGUCCCGCUGGCUGCCGAUGUGGACCUAGAACAGCUGGCAGCAGUGACAGAGUGGUACACAGGAGCAGACCUGAAGGCUUUGCUCUACAACGCCCAGCUGGAGGCCAUGCACGGCACCCUGGGCGCCAACACUCCACAUCAGGAGCUGACCUCUGGCUCGGACAGUGACAUGAGCCUGUCCUCCAUGAUCUUCCCCAACCACAGCAGCGGCUCAGACAUGUCUGUGGGGGAGGCGGAGACUGCUGUGGGGCUGGACCACUCCAUGGUCCUUCUCGAUCCCACUGAGCUCCAUGCAGGAGAUGAAAUCCACAGCAGCAACAUCUGGAGACUUUACUUUGGAAGCUCCUACGAGUCUGAGUUGGAAAACUCAUCCGGGCUGAACUCCCGCUGCAUUUCCGGCCCAAACUCCAUGACCCACGACAUCACAUGUGCGUCUGUUCGUGACCCUAGCAGCUCCCUGCCUCCUGCGUACAUGUCAUCCAUUCAGAGUGGCUACGAGGAGCUCAGCCCCCUGCAGCUGGAGCGCCUCCUGCAGGACAUUAACAACAUCAAAAGUAACUGCAGGAGAACCAACAACGAGUGUGUCCGGGUGCAUUCAGCCUCCAACCAGUCGGGGUUGCAGCUGUGUCAGGCCCAUCUGAACUCAGCACUCUCUGUGACCAGACCGUCUCUCAGCAAAACAGACUGGAGCAGAUACACACACCUGUAUGAUGUCUUUUCCGGUUCUGAAGAGGGAAAACCAAAGUCAGUCCCAUAUAAACCAGGACAACGUGUAACUUUAGCCUGAGCACUUUAUUUUUGCACCUUUUAAAUUGUUUAUUAAUAGGCACUAAUUUUUUAAUAAUUAGUGAAAACUUUAACUACUGUGAAGAAAAAGAAGUUUGAAUGAUUUGUGACUUUUCUAUGAUUAUAAUGUGGACCUACUUGCAGUUACUGUAUAUAUGUACAAUGUGGGUUCUAUUUGUUAGAAUUAAAAAUGUAAUUCAGCCAUACAUUUUAUAGAUGGAGACAAUUAUGUUACAUUAAAAAUCUAAAUAGUUA